AAAAAGUGAAUAAAGCUAGUCCAAAAUGAACUCUAAAGUGCUUGCAUUUGUUUGUUUGCUCGUAGCUUGCGCAUUUUCCGAAGAAAAUGACAUUGAAAAUAACGAGGAAGAAGUUGCAGAUUCUACAAUAAUUCUUACAGACGAUAAUUUCGAAGGAGUGAUCCAGACAAAUAAUUUCUUUGUCAUGUUUCAUGCGCCUUGGUGUCAACAUUGCGUAAAACUUAAGCCUACAUGGAAUCAAUUAGCAGAAAUGCUUAAUACUCAGGAAGAAAGCCGAGUGAGAAUUGCAAAAGUUGAUUGUACUGAAAAUCAUAAAACUUGCUCUGAUAACGAAGUUACAAGCUAUCCAACACUUAAGUACUUCAAUGUCAAUGCUGAACAGCCGGUUAAAUAUCGUUCAACCCGUGAUUUGCCAUCAUUAACUGCAUUUAUUAAUGAACAAUUAGGAACAUCCACACUUAAAGAAACAGAAGAAGAAGAAGCCGACGAGGAACAAGUUGUGCCAAGUCCAUUGAAAGGUCUUAUUGAACUUAAUGAUAAGAACUUUGGAGAUUUCACUUCUAAAGGAAGCUGGUUCAUUAAAUUCUAUGCCCCUUGGUGUGGGCACUGCCAACGUCUUGCUCCUAUCUGGAACGAUUUAGCCACAGCAUUAGAACAUGAUGAGUCAGUCAACAUUGCAAAAGUCGAUUGUACUGAAUAUCGUCCACUUUGUAAAGAUUUCGAUGUUAAAGGAUAUCCAACACUUUUAUGGAUUGAAGAUUCAAAGAAGGUUGACAAAUAUAGCGGACCACGUACAGUUGAAGAUUUAAAGGCUUAUGUCGAAAACAGAUUAGCAUCAAAGGGUGGAGAAGACAAGCAAAAGGAAGAAGAAAAGCCAACCAAAGAAGCCACAGAAGAGGGAGAAGGCGAUGUUGUUGUUACAUUGUCUGCUGAUAACUUUCCACAAGUCACUAAGAAUGACGUCACCUUUGUCAAGUUUUAUGCUCCAUGGUGUGGACACUGCAAGAGAAUGCAGCCAACAUGGCAACAAUUAGCCUUGAAGUUCGUCGGUGAUGAGAAAGUCAAGAUCGGAAAAGUUGACUGUACAUUGACUGAAAACCGUGAUUUAUGCAGCGAACAAGACGUUCAAGGUUUCCCAACCAUUUUCAUCUACAAGAAUGGUGAAAAGAUUACCGAAUAUAAUGGAAACAGAAGCUUAGAAGAUAUGUUUGACUUUGUCAAGAGCCAUCUUACGGCUGACAAGUCUCGUGAUGAAUUGUAGAUUCUUUUUAUACUCGUUAUUAUUUUUUAUACAACUUUGUUUCGUG